UGCAAUAGACUCACUCCUCGAAUCCGUGAAGCUACUGUCAAAAAGAUCUUAAUGGCUGACCUGACUGAUGGAGGUGGCUCCUCUUCUUCUUCCACUAACCGAUGGAGCUAUGACGUCUUUUUGAGCUUUAGAGGUGAAGAUACCCGCAACGGUUUUACAGGCCAUUUAUAUAAGGCUUUGUGUGAUAAUGAUAUAUACACCUUCAUCGACAAUGAUCUUUGGAAGGGAGAAGAAAUUUCAGAGGAACUUCACAAAACCAUUGAAAGGUCAAUGAUUUCGGUCGUUGUGUUCUCUGAAAACUAUGCGAAGUCCCGCUGGUGCUUGGAUGAACUUGUCAAGAUUAUGCAGUGUAAGACAAAUGGCCAAUUGGUUCUACUGCUUUUUUAUAAAGUUUAUCCAUCAGAAGUACGUAAUCAAAGGGAAAAUUUUGGGGCGGCGUUGACUAAAUUUGAAGAAAAAUUCAAGAAUAAGGUGCAAAGUUGGAGGACAGCUCUAAGAGAAGUUGCGAGUUUAAGUGGAUGGCACUACGACAAUCGUAUUCCUGAAUUUAAAUUCAUCCAACAACUUAUUGAAACGAUAUCAGAUAUCAAAUUAAAUGGCACACGGUCAUAUGUUGCUAGAUGCCCUGUUGGAGUAAAUUCUGAGCUCUCACCAAACCAAGGCUUCUACUGCGAUAGACUCACUCCUCGAAUCCAUGAAGCUACUGUCAAAAAGAUCUUAAUGGCUGACCUGACCGAUGGAGGAGGCUCCUCUUCUUCUUCCACUCACCGAAGGAGCUAUGACGUUUUUUUGAGCUUUAGAGGUAAAGACACCCGCAACGGUUUUACAGGCCAUUUAUAUAAGGCUUUGUGUGAUAAUGGCAUGUACACCUUCAACGACAAUGUUGAUCUUCAGAGGGGAGAAGAAAUUUCAGAGGAACUUCUCAAAUCCAUUGAAAGGUCAAUGAUUUCAAUCGUUGUGUUCUCUGAAAACUAUGCGGAGUCCUCAUGGUGCUUGGAGGAACUCGUCAAGAUUAUGCAGUGUAGGACAAAUGGCCAAUUAGUUCUACCAGUUUUUUAUAAAGUUGAUCCAUCAGAAGUACGUAAUCAAAGGGGAAAUUUUGGGGCGGCGUUGACUAAAUUUGAAGAAAAAUUCGAGAAUAAGGUGCAAAGUUGGAGGACAGCUCUAAGAUAAGUUGCAAGUUUACUUGGAUGGCAUUACGAUGAUGGGUUAGUAUCUCU